CUGGGGCCAGGGAGUGUUGGCAGUUAGAGAGGGAGGAGGUCGUGGUGGUGAUGGUUGGAGAGUUAGUGGUGGUUUGGUGGUUUGUAGUUUGAAGUUCAGAGAGGCAAGAGGAAGAUUUUGUUGUUAGUUGAGGGAAGGUGUUUUGGGAGGUAUAGGAGGGCUAGGGAGGGGCAGGGUUGUGGGGUGGACUUGUUGUUGGCUAGGAAAGGGGGACUUUAGGUAGAGUAGGUUAGUGCAAGGUGCGGGUGUGGUACCGAUCAGCAGAAUGCCUCUACUCAGCCGGUCAGUCCCUUCUUGUGUCUGUGGGCCUGGGAUGCUGUCAGCUGGGAGGGCUAGAGAGAAGGAAUGGGCCGGGGUCCAAGCCAGGGUCAGGGCUUUGGGGCUGAGGGGAAGCAGAGAGAGAGGUGACUCCCUGAUUCCUAGCUUGUCAGGGUUAGGGAGGGAGAGGAGACCAGAGCCAGAGAGUUGGAGAGGUGUCCCAUACCGGAGCCUCAGUCAUCCCCCUUUCUGUCUCCUACUCUCCCAAUUCUUCCUAUGCUCCAGGAAAGUUUUACCAGUGAGUAAGACUUCCAGGAAGGACAGCUGUCUGGAAUGGAUUAGGUCUAUUCAAAGAAGAAAAUCUUCCAUAUUCACCACCUGGGUUACUCCAGCACCAGUGGAGGAGGAAUUUGGCCAGGAAAUACUGAACAGAGACCUGUGCUUCCAGCUCAUUCUCAGUGAGCUCCAAGGAUUCCGGUUCCAAGGCAAUCUACUGAUCUUGGCCAGGAACCUGACAUCAGUCCAGUUGAGGGACCUUAUCCAGAGAGUACUGGCUGAUUUGAAGAGCUCCAGCUUGGCCAGGGUGAAAAAUGCGGUCCGGCUUCUGGCCAUCCUACUGCAGGUGCCCAGAGCCAUAGGCGAUCAGGCGGCUGACUUUGGGAGGAGUGUGUAUGAACAACUUACAUCCUCCAGCACCUUGGCUGGGAAGGCCCUCCUCCAGGAAGCCCUGGUCCUGCUCGCCUGUCACCACACUCGGGAUACAGUGCAGGUCUUCCUCGGCUAUUCACUACCCCUGGAUGGGCAGGUCCUUGGCAUAUGGAAAGCCAUGGGGGCGGAUCCUUCCAUCGCCUACCGCGUGCUACAGGAGCUGCUCUGUAGGAUGUUGGAGCGACCAGUGCCGAGGGAUGGAGGCUCCACCAAUUGGGACAGGCACAACCCAGGAUCCAUUGCGGCUGUGAACACACUGUAUGAGCUGCUCUUCUCGUGGGAGUAUUCGAGGGCCAUGGUCAAACUCUUCCCCCAGCUCUUCCUAGCCUUCAUCCUCCAGAUCCAGUAUGUCUUGGAGCUGGGUCUGGCGGGGGAGUGGGAACUGGAGGCCGAGGAGCCCACCGUGCCCUCUGCCCUCAGCCCCUGGAGGACGGCCCUAGAGGCCCUGAAGGGGCUUCUAUCUAGCAUGGGGUGUUGGCGGAGCUUCACGUCCAUGGAGCUGCAGGGCGGCUGGCAAUUCUUCUCAUCCCUGGAGAUCUUCCAGGAGGGUGUGGCCCUGCUGGCCAGGACCCUGGUCCAGAGCAGGUGCCUGAUGGUGGCUGAUCUCCUGCAUAUGGUGACCAGUUCCCUGCAGGGGAAGGGUACACAGGGCCGGAAUGUGGCUAUGGGACUGCUGGCCGAGCUGAUCUGGAUCCCCUCCCUGGAGGCUAUCCUGGACCUCAAGAUCCUGCACCUCAUCCUCCAGGCUGGCCUGGAAGACCCCGACCCCGUGGUACGGGUCAUCAGCCUGCAGACUCUCACCAGCCUGCCCCUCAACCCCGACAAGAAGCCACUCUUCCUGGCUCAGCUCCCGCCCAUCCUGAAGGGCUUCUACCAGGAGGACGAGGUGGGGGUCCUAGCGGCCAUGGACAUGGCGACCCUCACCACCCGCAGUCUGGGCUCACAGGGACUCGGCCACCUCAGUGAGGACAUUGUCCUCAUGCUGGGCCCAUUCUUUGACGACGAGAGACCCCGAGUGCGGGCUGCAGCUCUAGAGCUGCUAGGAGCUGUGGCCGAUGGCUGGGUGUGGGAGGAGGAGGCCAUCUUGCAGCAGGAGCUAAUCCGCUGCCUCCUCCCGGUCCUGGUCCACAUCAAGGAUGAGGACCCUGCCGUGCAGAGAAAAGCCAGAUAUUCAUUCUUCCGGCUUGCCCAGAGCUUGGAGUGGAAAUACAUGCACCUCGUGGGAUGGAAACUGAUUGGAAAGGAGAAAGAGCGUACGACAUAUACCCCCAUCUGGUGGGCCAUGAUGGAGAGCUUUGAAGGGUGUUGCCCGAUUUUCCUCUCCCAGGCUCUGGGCUACACCAGCAGCCCCCAGCCGGAGGUGCGAUGGGCAGCCGUGUUGUUCCUUGGAUACACCAUCGCCAUAAACCUGGGCAAGCCAUGGCUCUCCCAAGAGGAGCUGGACUUUCUCUCCCAGAAAUUUCAAACUUUACAGAAUGACCCAUUGGCCAAGAUCCGUAGAUUUGUCAGCUCCUACCACUUCAACAGAAAGGAUAACAAUGAACAGGGCCAGAACUGAGAGCUCCCCACCUGAGGCUGAUGAGGAUGAAGCUGCAUCACGAAGGCCCAGUUCCCAGGCCUGGAACAGCAGGGGCUGCUGGAGGCUGUGCCUUCAGGGUGGAGGCCCGGAAGAGCGGAGAGUUUGUGCUGACACCAAGCAGCCGGGUGCUGGGAAUGGCAAGGAGGCUCAGGAGGCCCGCCUCCUCUCCGAAAACCCCCAUUCCCUUUGCUAGCCACCUCCCGGGAACAAAGAACGGAUUAUGGGUAAACUCUAAACCUAGGGCUCUGAGGCAGUGGGUACUGCAUUGAGUGGGAAUAAAAACUCUACAGCUUC